AUGUUGCAAAGCUUCACCCAGUCCUGCGACUGGAUCUACUCGGAGCCGCUGCUAUUUGACGAUGAGUUUUUCCAGAGCUUGGUGAAGGACCUGCAGUCACUACCCACGCCGCCUCAGUCGCCCCCCGCCAAGGAGGGCGUGACCAAGCCGCUCUCCAAGGGCGACCAGCUGAGCUAUGUGUCCGACAUCCUUCUGGAGGACGGCGACAUGCAGCUCAAUUGGAACUGCGCCUUCAUCCACGAUAAGGAGGGAGGUGGCGGUGAAGGCGGCGGGGGAGGGGGGCGAACCCGCGGCUCCCCCGACGAAGAGGACGACGGUCUGUGGCGAUGCCUGGCUUCGGAGGACAAGCUGACGACGGCGUCGGUGCUGGGGUCCAGCCCGCUGCUGUCCGAUAUUGAUACGAGCAUCUUCGAGGGGCUGGCCGGGUCCACGCUGGAUUGCCAGAACCUGAUGGAGAGCCAGGAGACGGGCGAGGCCACGUCCGACUACUGCUCCACCGGAGGGGAGAUGUCCACAUACUCGUCCAGCGACUCCGAGGAAGAGAUCGACGUAGUGACGGUGGGGCGCUGCCCUUCCAGCCCCUCCCGUCGCCGCAAGCGUCCGAGCGACGAGGACGACGACGAGGAACGCCUGGCUCUCCGGCGCCACCGCUUCGAAAUCCAACUGCAGCACAACUACGCCGCGCCGCGCCCGGCCUCCCCGCCUCCCUCGUCGUCCCACCGGCGCUGGCCGGCGUCCGGCCGCCACCACCACUCGUCGUCGCGACACCCGGCCGAGACUGAGGACGAGGAGGAGCGGCGGCGGACGCACAACGUGAUGGAGCGCCAACGCCGCAACGAGCUGAAGAACUGUUUCGUGCGUCUGCGCGACAACAUCCCCGAGCUGUCGCGCAACGACAAGGCGUCCAAGGUGGUCAUUCUGAAGAAGGCCAGAGACUGCAUCCACGGGCUGGAGAGCCACGCCCGACGCUUGCAGGCCCGCCGGGAUAAACUCCGGGCUAAGCAGGAGGAGCUCAAAGCGAGGCUGCAGCGCGCCACGACGCGAUGGAAGUGGGCUUCAUCUAAUGAAGUAGCCACCAAGCCCCUGCACUCUCCUAAGUGCACGGUGUGGGCUGCAAUCUCGGCCAGAGGCAUCAUUGGACCAAUCUUCAUCGAAGAAUCUGGCGCAGCAGUGACAGUCACCAAGGAGCGGUAUGUGGAGGUCCUCAAAACCUUCAAGAAUGAGCUCCAGACCAUCUACCUGUCGCUCAUGAGCAAGUUCUGGUUCCAGCAAGACGGAGCAAGUUCUCACACCUCAAACCUGUCCCGAGAUUGGCUGAAAGAGAACUUCGGAGGCCGAGUGAUCAGUCUCAAGACUGAUUUUGAGGGGGCACCCCAUAGCCCGGACCUAAGCCCCCCAGAUUUUAUUCUUUGGGGCUAUCUUAAGGACAGAGUCUACGCAGGGAAACCCAGAACCAUCAUGGAACUCAAGAAAGCCAUCAGGGAGGAGAUGAGAGCCAUUACCAAUUCAGUCUGUAAGAACGUCAUGGACAACUUCGUGCUGUGCCUCAAGAAAUGCAUUGAACUAAAUGGAGGCCAUCUAGAACAUAUGCUGUAG